ACCAACCUCACAUCAUAAGCAGUAUCCAAUACUUCUUUAGAAACACCAAACAAAUCUUUGUAGCAAUGGAGGCUCUUUCUCCUAACAGAAAACCUACGUUGUUGGUUGUGUUGUUAGCCACCUUAAUAACCAUGGCAGUAGGACAAGGCACACGACUUGGAUUCUAUCGGACCUCAUGCCCAAGAGUGGAAUCCAUCGUGCAGUCUGCGGUCCAGUCUGCUAUCCGCUCCAACCCUGCCAUGGCACCCGGUUUACUAAGAAUGUUCUUUCACGACUGCUUUGUUAAUGGCUGCGACGCCUCUAUUCUACUCGACGGUUCUUCUUCUGAAAAAACCGCUCCCCCAAACUCGUUGUUGAGAGGCUUUGAAGUCAUUGAUGCCGCAAAGACACAGCUGGAAACCGCGUGUCCUGGGGUGGUUUCUUGUGCUGACAUUCUUGCCCUCGCUGCCCGUGAUUCUGUUGUCCAGACCGGAGGAACGGGCUGGCCAGUGCCAUUAGGUCGCAGAGAUGGAUUAGUUUCACGUGCAGCGGAUACGUUAAACCUGCCUGCAUUCAACGACCCUGUUGGUGUCCAAAUCAGGAAGUUUACUGACAAAGGUCUUAACACCCAAGAUCUUGUCGCUCUUAGUGGAGCGCAUACAAUUGGGACAGCAGCGUGCGCAUUAUUUAGCUACAGGCUAUACAACUAUAACAACACCAAUGGACCGGACCCGACUAUCGACCCUGCAUUCCUUCCCACGCUUCGAAACUUGUGCCCCAACGGUGGAGAUGGCUCGAGACGUGUGGAUUUAGACCCAGCAAGCGUUGGCAGAUUCGACAAUUCAUACUACGCAAACUUGAGGAAUAGGCGGGGAGUACUUGAAUCCGAUGCUGCUUUAUGGAAUGACCCGACAACACAAAGGUUUGUGAACCGGUUUCUUGGAGUUAGGGGACUGCUUGGAUUGACAUUCAAUGUUGAGUUCGGCAGAUCGAUGAUUAAGAUGGGUAAUAUUCAAGUGAAAACCGGUACUCAAGGAGAAAUCCGGAGGGUUUGCAGUGCUACUAAUUGAUUGAUAAGGAUCGAAUAUCAAUUUUCAAAAGAUUUCUGAGGAUACAAGUUGUUCAUACAAUCAUUAUGUGACUAGGAACAAGAUUAAAGAGUAAAACUGUAAUAAACGUGUUUCUCCAUUUGUGUAGUUUGUUAAUAUGGUUACGUGCAUGUUAUGUGUAAUUAUGGCAAUAUUUUAUCAAUUUGAGGAGCCCAAAAGCUGGUAUUGCUAAUUGGUUCAGAAACUGUAGUU